AUGGCCCCGACAACACCGUCGUCGGCCCUUAAUGGCGUCGUCAUCGGACUGCUGUCCUCCUUUGGCUCCGCCGUCCUUAUCGCCAUCAUCUUCCUCGUCAUCUACUUCUUCAGAUACACAGCCAGCGGUCGCAUCUUUCUCGAUCGCAUCGGACGCCCCGGCGAGUACGACGAUGAGCAGGCCUUCGCCAGGGAAGAGGCCGAGGCCCUCGAGUCCAUGGACGACAUGCAGCGGACCGAGUAUUUGAGAGCAAAGGGUAACCAUUCAACCUGCCGCGCCAUCCGCAGACAGACCACUGACCAGCCCGCAGCAUUCAUUAACGCGAACCCGCCCGACUCUGUCCAGACAGACAUUUCGCUGUCCCAGUACCUCGCCAUCCAAGAAAAGGGCGUCUCCGCCUGGGAGUUUGAGCCCGAGCUCGAAAUCGCCAACUGCUUCGUCGAGGCCCGCACCGAGAUUGAGUUCUUCGACUCCGAAUGCACCGUCAUGAGCAACCUGCCCGUCCCAAAGCAGAACGAAGUCUACUACUGGGAGGCCAAAAUCUACGACAAGCCCGAAAACACGUUGAUCAGCAUCGGCAUGGCCACGAAGCCGUACCCGUUGUUCAGAUUACCCGGCUUCCACAAACACUCCGCCGCAUAUCUGUCGACGGGCCAGCGCCGGUGCAACCAGCCCUUCAACGCGACACCCUACGCACCCCAGUACGUCCAGGGCGACGUCAUUGGCGUCGGCUACCGCCCGCGGACGGGCACCAUUUUCUUCACCCGCAACGGUAAGAAGCUGGAGGACGUCGUUCACGGUGUCAAGUCGCAAAACUUCUUCCCCGCCGUCGGCGCCAACGGCCCCUGCAUCAUCCACGUCAACUUUGGCCAGGCCGGCUUCGUCUUCAUCGAGGCCAACGUCAAGAAGUGGGGCCUCGCCCCCAUGACCGGCAGCCUUGCGCCGCCGCCGCCGUACGGCUCCGAGCAGGGCGACAUCCUGCUCGAGGCCGGGCGCAAGGACGGCUACACGGGCAGCAUUACGCUGCAGCGGGGGCACACGCAGUCGCAGUCGUACUCGCAGAGUGGACUGGGUCCUCAGCAUGGACGCACAAGGAGCGGAAACUUCAGAGUACUACCACCGAGGAGCCCCGGUCCCGUGAGAAGCCCGACUGACAUCUCCCUGACGCACUUCGUGCCCAACGAUGAGGGCGGCGAGCCAAGCGGCAGCAACCCCGGGCACGAAGGGGAAAGCGUCGUAGGGCUUGGGCUUCAAGACGCCCUGAAUCCUCCCCCCGAGUACACGAGUCCUGAUUCCUCGGAGGCCGGAAGCCGCCGGAACAGCACGGACAGCGAGAACACGCCCCUCAUCCGCGUGCUCAAUCGGAGCCGUGGCGCGACGGUGGCAGCAGCGGCGGGCCCCUCGCACCCCCCGAUACCCAGCUACACCGACGCGGUGCGCGCCGGCGCCGGGCGGGAGGGGAACAGCACUCCACGGCCCAGCCGGCACGGCAACCGGUCGAGGUCGCAGAGCGCGCAAUGA